UCGCACCACAAAUCCUUACAUCCUCAGAAACCCUUUUGUGUCUUCCCCACAACCUACUAGGGUUUCCUCGACAAAAAUGGCUACCAAGAAACAAACAUCCAUAGCCCUUUUCCUGGUACUAAACCUUGUAUUCUUCACUCUUUCUAGUGCAUGUGGGACUUGCCCUACUCCAAAACCAAAGCCGAAGCCCAAGCCUAAGCCAAACUGUCCUCCUCCACCGGCGAGCCCCGGCAAGGCCACCUGCCCUAGAGAUGCCCUAAAACUAGGUGUAUGUGCUAAUUUGCUUGGUGGGUUGAUUGAUCUCACCAUUGGAACUCCUCCGAAAACCCCAUGCUGCACUCUGAUCGAAGGCUUGGCCGAUGUUGAGGCUGCCGUCUGCCUCUGCACCGCCAUCAAAGCCAAUGUGUUGGGCAUCAACCUGAACGUUCCCCUGUCCCUCAGCUUGCUACUCAAUGUUUGCUCCAAGAAGGUCCCUCCAGGCUUCCAGUGUGCCUAAACCAAACAAAUUUUCUUUGCCAUUGAUGGGAUUUUUCGCUCUGGAUUUCUUCAGAUUUUCGUUUCUAAAUUGCUUUUGGAAUUUUUGCUCCUAUUUACCAAAUAAAGGGGGGAAAACUGAAAAGGGUGAACGAUAGAGAGAAUGUACGCUCACUGUGUGAAAGUAAUUUCUCGUGACUUUUUCCUUUACGGUAGUUUCCAGUUCUUGUAAUCUUAUCUACUUUGGAUCUAGAAUAUUUUUCUGUUCUUUAUAUAUGGGUUUUGCAAUAAUUGGAUUAAAAAUUAUAUGCUUCGGCCGUGUACAACA